AUGGGGUGUACACCUUCUCACAGUGACAUUGUAAACAGCGUUGCAAAGAGUGGCAUUCAGUUUUUGAAAAAGCCCAAGGCAAUUCUGCCUGGACGGCAGGGGGCCAGUGAAAGAGGUUCCAUCCCUUUGCUAGUUAAAAACUCCUCCUGCUAUGAUACUGGGGGGUCCCUCCGCCAGGGACGGGAGCCAACAGGGGAGCACCCAGGUUCCAGGAGGAGCCAGACCAAGGCUAAAGGUCUUUGUCAGCUCAUGGGAGAUCCCGCUUCAUGCAAAAGGAAAGAUGUGGAAGGAAGGAGCCCAGAAAACAAAACCUCUCCAUCCCAGCUGAACAAAUCACACAGCCGCACGGCUAAGGGUGUUCCAUUGAAGACGCAGGGCUCCCACCGCUCCCAGGGGGCAGCCUGUUCUGGGGAAGAGAGUGAGGAGACCUCCAAAUGGGAAAGGAAGCCAGAAUCCCACAGGUCGAGCAAACAGUGCCAUUGCUGCCAAACCCCGCUCCCAGCUUUGGGGUCUGAAGGCAAAGUGGAUUUCCCCGAGCCCCUGGUACAGGCCCACCAGCGCACUUAUGCCUAUCUGCACUCCAGCCUCUCCAAAUACGAAGCAAUCCUGUGCAUCAUGCGUCAGGCCACCCAGACUCGGGAGCUGCUGCAGCCCAUGCUCAGCUUCCUGCUGCUGUGCUCCGAGGAGGUCAGCCAGCUGCUCGGGGAGAUCUCCAAGGAUGGAGAAGUGCUGCUCCAGGAGGUGAAGGAGGAUCUGGCUUGGCCUUCCAGGAAAGGAGAGCCCUGGGAGCAGCCAGACCUCCUGCAACAGCUGCUGCAGUACACAGUCAGCAAGCUGCAAGCGCUCAAUGGCACGGUGGCCGCGCUCACCGGCAGCUGUCUGGAGGGCUCCAGCAGCUACCUCCACUCUGCUGCAAGCCACUUGGAAAACAAGCUGAGCCUGAAGAGGAGCAUGGACGAACGCCUCCUGAGGGCUCUCGGGCAGCUAGAGAGCCUGGCAAGCAGCCACAGCGACCCUGGGGUGCAGGGUCCACCCUUGUGCUCUGAAGACAGUGGUAUCGGUGCCGACAAUGAGUCCCUGCAGUCUGUGGACAAGCUAGCCAAGCAAAACAGCUGGGACUGUGUGCCAGAGCCUACAGAAUGGAAGCCAGGGACUCCCCCGCCUGUGGAGACCAGGCCACCAGGACAGGCCUGGCAGCACGGACCAUCCUGGUUGGGUUCAGACAGGCCCCAGGACUGCCCGCUCUCAAGGCCUCCUCUGGCAAAGGUGCAGCCAGCAGCACAGGGGGAAGCAAGGGGCCCAAGCCCCUCCCACCUAGCCCCCGGGAAUGUCACCUCCAGGCCUCUAGAGCCGGGCAAAAGCACUCCGAGCGAUGCCUUCAGGACUGGGGUGCCUGCAGAGGCACAUGUUUCUACAAGCUCCGGGUUGAUGCAUACUGUGUCCCUUAGUGAAGCCGAAGACAGCAGCUCAGAGGAGGAGGAUGAAAUUAGCAGUCUGAAUCUGUGUGCAUGGCAGCAAAAAGGGCCACAUUCCCGGCCACAGUCUUCACCUGCUAACCGGGAAAGCCCAUUUCAGUCCCGCCCCAGGAGGCUUAAGAGCCCCCAGGCCCGGGAAAUGAUUCUGAAGAUGAAGGAAUCCAUCAGUGAAAGGAUCAAGUUUGUUCCUGUGCCCUCUUCACACCAGGACUGGACUGAGGAGGAGGAGGGAAGGCCAGUGGUCCCUGUAAGACCUAACACAGUCAGUGGUGGCAGGCGGGCCCCCGGGAGGCAGAGGAGGUCCCAGUCAGAGUCCUGUAUUCAGAGCCAGGUGGAGGACCCCACCCUCCAGGAGCUUAGGAGUGUCCAGAGGGACCUGAGUCAGAGGCUAGAGGCAUUUUAUGCCCUGGGUGCCAAAGGGCAGGGGCAGAGUCAGGGGCAGAGUCAUGGGCAGAGCCAGGAGCAGACGCAACAGCCCAGAGCUCUGUGGCCCAACAGCUCUAAAGUCAGGCCCAGCAGCACCACUAGCAAGCUCAGGGCAUCUCUCACCAAGAACUUCAGCAUUUUGCCCAGUCAAGACAAAAGCAUUUUGCAGAAAUGUAAUCCCCAGCCUGAAGGCGAACAGCCUUGGCCAGGGAAAGCUGAGAAACUUCCCAGUGCCACCCAAUCAGAUGAGGAUAUUGAGGCUCCCAGGGCUCCAGACAGGGGCUGUCCCACCAGAACAUCAGUCAAGAAACUUAUUGAAGCUUUCAGUCCCAUUGAGAGUGUGAGGACAGAGGGGGAUUCCAAGAACUCUGGGUCAAGCCCCUGCCUCAGGAGGUGGGGGGUCCCCAUCAUGCCACCCAGAUUUCCUAUUUACAGGGGACUUGCCCCUUUGUAUCCUAAGCCCCAGAUUUCCCCAGCACUGGGCAGAGAACCUCCCAGAGUGGGCACAGGCUGGAGGCCCAUAGCACCUAUCUUUCCCCCCAUGCUUACAGCAGAAGCACCCAGGAGUACGGACAUCAGCUAUAAAAUGGAGGGGGACCAAGAGCACCUCCCUCCACCACCUCUGGAAGUUAUGAUGGACAAAUCAUUCACAUCUCUGGAGUCCCCAGAGAGCAGUAAGUCAGCAGAGAGCUCCCCUGAAGGGACCCCAGUACCAGGGCUGGGAGGAGCUGGCACUGCCAGGAGGAGAACGUGGGCUUCUCCAAAGCUGAGAGCCUCCAUGAGCCCUGUGGACUUGCUGCCCAGCAAGGGCACUGCCAGCCCCCCUAGGUCCCGCAGCACAGGGCCAGCAAUCAGCAAGAGCAGUCCCAGAAAGCCUGCCUUGGACCUGAGCCACCCACCAGCCACCAGCCAAAACCCAGAGGCGGAGGGCAGCGCUCAGGGCCAGGGACAAGCAGAGAAGGCCCCAAGCCUCAACCAGCAGCCCCGGAGGGCAGUGCCCUGGCACCACUCCAGCCACACAUCUUGGCAGAACAGGACCUCAGAUCUCAGCCUGGCUAGACCAACACAAGGGCCACGUUCUCCAGAGGCCCCAAGGCAGAGCCGAGAGAGAAGCUCCCCGACGGCCAGGAAGGCCUCUCCCACAAAGGCACACUGGGUGCCCCCAGCAGACAAGACACCCCCGAGCCUGCCCUCCUCUCACAGACCUGCCCAACCCAGUUCCCCCACUGUGCAGGGGUCCCCUAGCCCCCCACUCAGCCCUGGAGUCCCCAGCCCGCCAAUGAGCCCCAGGGUGCUAAGCCCUCCAACAGGGAAGAAGCGAGCUUCCCCCCAACGCCAGCACAAGGCCUCCAGCCCUCCCACCCAGUGCCCAGAAGCAAGCUCCCCUUCCUCUCUUCCCUCCCCAUCAUCCCCAGUGUCCCUGUCUCAGGGGCACAAGGAAACAAGAGACUCUGAAGACAGUCGAGCUGACACUGCCCAAGUUUCUGGGAAUACAUGUUCCAUAUUCUGCCCAGCAGCCUCCUCUCUGUUUGAAACUAGAUUGCCACUCUCAACAGCCCAGUCGCUGACCCCACCAGAGGCUGGGGGCCCUCUCAGGAGCCCAGCAGGAGGCUGGAGGAGCAGCUCAGGGCCUAGGCUGAGGGCAGAUUCACAGAGGAGAGGGGCUCUGUGUGCCCUCAACCCUCUGCCCUUCGUCAGGAGGACAGCUUCUGACCGUCGGCCGGGUGCCAGACUGCCACUGCCUGCCUCCGGCUUGACUGGCACUUCUUGUGACUCUCAGCUCAGCCAAAGCAGUAGCAGUGAGGAGAGCCUUGGGAAGGACACAGAGCCCUGGAGCAACCCCUCUGCCCCAGAACUGCAGGGCAGCAGCAGGCAUGCACCUCCCCCAGAGCUCUGCGUGCUGGGCCACGGAAUGCAACGGGAGCCCCGAGGAAGCCACGCCCAGGAGAAAUCCCAGCCAGAAGCACAGCCCCAGCAGAAGGAGGCGGCCUGA